AUGCCCUCCGUCGACAACCCCAGUCCCCCUAAAGAUCUCUCUCAAGAUAUCACAGCUCUACGUUCGCUAGUCGAAGAAGCCAUUGGAGACGGUAACGAUGUUAUCGUGAUACCCCAUAGCUGGGCUGGCCUCGUUGCCGGCUCUGGGUUAGUCGGGAUGAGCAAGAAGGAAAGGGAAGCGGUAGGCAAAAGAGGCGGUGUCGUAAGGACUGGCUAUAUCACCAGUUUUCUCUUACCUGAAGGAGUCGGUAUCUCGGAUGUAGGCCGGGGCCAAGGCCAGCCUCCGGACUGGAUCAAACUUGAGGGGAAUCAGUUGAUCUAUACUGACCCCGACGUCUUCUACAAAGAUCUCCCCGAAAACGAAUCUAAGCACUGGUUCUCGCUUGUCAAGACUCAUGGAGUUGGGUCUGCCGCGGCCAAGGCGACGGGUACAGCGUGGAAAGUCAUCCCAACAAGCUACCUACUUUGUGAAGAAGAUCUCGCCAUUGCUCCGGAGACACAGGAGGGGAUGAUCCAGGUUGCCAAGGCCGCUGGCGCUGACAUCGAUGUGACCAGGAUCAAGUCCAGUCAUAGUCCUUUCCUUAGCAAGAUAGACGAGACUGCUCAAUGGGUUCGCCGUGUCGCGGGCGAGAAAGUGUAG